AGUUUGGCUCAGACCGCGCUGAUUCCGACUGUUCCGCUGUCGACCGACAUGGCCCAGAUGGAAGUGGAGGACACCAGGGAGCUCUUGACCGAGCAACAGCCCACGACGAGCAAGUCCUCGCGAGUGAAGUACGUCCUGGCUGCUGCGACUGCCAUUGUCUUCCUGGGCUGUGUCGGGGUUCUCUCGGCUUCGCGUACAGCGGCUACGACGUUGGCAACCAAGAAGGACUUGAUCCAAAACUGGGAGGAGAUCCCCGGAAUCGAUCGGGUCGUGAAGAGAGCCGAGAGUUUGGAGUUGAAGCAACCGCUGCGGAACCUGAAUGAUCUCUUCUAUGCCUCACAGCCGGAGGAGCUGCCGUGGAUCCGCACGGAGUGCGUCAUCGACGUGGUGCAGGCCGCCGCCUACCUGGGCCAGGCGGUGGUCUUCCUCUACAAGGCCAUUGAAUACGACGGCCUGGAGUGCCCGGACAACACGCCGGUGGGCUGCGCUGUGAGCGUGGCUGGCUUCAUCACCUCUAUCACUUGGAUCGCCUCGUACCUCUCCUUCGCGGCCAACGCCUGCGGUGCCGCGGUGAACAGCGGGGCCCUGUGCUCGGGGGACUGGACGGCGCUCAUGGCCAACUUCGGGGAGAUGGCCACGGUGGGCGCCGCCGUGAAGGACGACUGCGACUUCAGCACCGACUGGGGCGCCAUCCUGAACCUCACCGACGCCUCGGGCCCCCCGCCGCCCAUCUGGCAGCAGUUCGUCCCCGCCGGGGCCGCGCCCACCGUGGAGACCUAUCAGAAGGUGAAGGCGCUGCGUGAGUCCCAAACCAACCGCAACAUGGACAUCACCCAGUGCGUGAUGGACGUGACUAACUCCGCCUCCUACGUGGUCCGCGCGAUCCUGCAGAUCCGCUCGGCCACCUCCGCCUGCCCGGAGCCAAGGGCUUGCGCCAUCAACAUCAUGAAUAUCAUCAGCAGCUUCGCAUGGAUCUCGCAGUUCACGGCGCUGGCUGUGUCGGACUGCCCAGAAGGAGGCAACCAGAAGGCGCUGUGCACGGCAGACAUCUCGGACAUGGUCGCAGCCGUCACGAACGGUCCGGCGGCUGGCAUCGCCACCACCUCGGACUGCGCUGAUCUGCCAGACCCGGUGGACGAGUUGAAGCAUCUGCCAAUGGACUGAGGGCCUAGCGCACCCAAGCCGCAGGGCCGAGGAAAAGGGGUCAGGCGUGGAGAGCUUUGGUGUGCCUGGGAUGCAUUGUUCUGCGUGGG